CUAUAAAACACUACCUCAAGCUCAGGUGGAGCUUCAGACAAGGACACGGGAGUGAGGAGCUUCUCCUUUUGUUUUUCCUUAAGGUUUGAAGGAAUCCGAACUGCGGUCCAUUUUUUUGAAAUCAGAAAACCAAACUUGUAUAAAAUAAUUUGUAUGCAAAGAUGCCUCCCCCCGGUGUGUGUUUGAACAUAAUCAAGGACCGGAACCAGGAGGGUGGGAUGGGCACUGUGACUGACCCUGUGAAAUUUCGUGGCCAAGACUUCUACUGGCUACGGGACCAGUUUCUGAAGAACAGACAGAGGUUUAUUGACGGCACAUUUCCCCCAGACAGUAGUAUCAUUGGCCCUAACCUGCUGUCACCUGAGGACAUGGCAAGAGUAGAAUGGAAAAGACCACAUAAAAUGGUAGCAUCUCCAUGCUUAUUUGUGGAUGGAGGUUCAAGAUUUGACAUCGCUCAAGGAUUUUUGGGUGACUGCUGGUUUCUGGCGUCUGUCGGAGCGCUAACACGUGAACUGCAGAUGCUGCAACAGGUGGUGCCGAAUGACCAAGAAUUUCAGAGAGAUUAUGCUGGGAUAUUUCACUUCAGGUUCUGGAGAUUUGGAGCGUGGGUGGAUGUCGUGAUCGACGAUAAGCUGCCAACAAUUGAUGGAAACUUAAUCUUUGUUCAUCCAACAACUAAAAAUGAGUUCUGGGCUGCCUUGCUAGAAAAGGCCUACGCCAAAGUGUGUGGGUCAUACUCAGACCUGAAAGCUGGGAAUGUGUCAGAAGCCAUGAUGGACUUCACUGGAGGGAUCCAUGUGAUGUAUAAGCUGAAGGAAGCACCCCCAAAUCUUUGGGAUCUCAUGAACAGGGCUGUGAAAUUUAAGUCCCUAAUGGGGUGUGGGACUGCUCAAGGGGCAACUCCUGAAAAUGUGGAAUUACCCAAUGGGAUAGUGCAGGGUCAUGCCUAUGCUAUCACUGGAGUUGCACAGGUAUGUUGGUAUAUUAUCUUCAAAUGCUGUACAGAGACAUUCUGGAUGAAUCCGCAGUAUCAAGUCAGAGUGACAUCUGGAACCAAGGGCAGUGAUCAUCCUGGCUCCACCAACAUGGUGGUAUCUCUCCUGCAGAAACCAGACAAUGGGAGUCGGUCCCUUUCACCCAAUCAUUAUAUUGGUUUCACUUUGUUUGCGGUACCACCAGAGUUGCGGGAUGCCAAAGGGAAAUUUCCAGCAUCAUUCUUCAACAACAGCAGCCCAAUAUCAGUAACGAAAGCUUUCAUGAAUGUUCGAGAAACUACCCAAGUCUUCUAUUUACCUCCCGGGGAGUAUGUUAUUGUGCCCUCGACGUUUAACCCAGAAGAACCGGCUUCCUACCUCUUGAUGAUUUUCUCAAAGAUGCAGACCUCUGUUGGUGACAGCUCAGCUGAGAACUACAUGACCAUCAACAAGAAAAUCUAUUCCAGCUAUGCCCCAACUGAGCACGAAUCAGUGUUUGCUCAAUACUCUGAUAAGGUACUUUAUUUAAGUCCUCAAGCAUGAAAUUAGAUUGUGUGAAAGGUAUUCAAACAUACAAUGUAAAUAAAUAUAGCUUAUAUAUAAAAUCAAA